UUGUGAAGUUUAAAGAUGGCUGUGGUUCAUGCUGAAGUGAAUGUCUGGAGUAAGCCAUGGGAUCACAGGUUUCAGUUGUAUGGAAGACAUGUGUGUAAUACACUAAUGGCAGAUUCCUGGGAUGACAGAACACCUCUACAUGACGCUGCUUUGCAAGGAAGAUUGCUGCCAUUACGAAGACUGCUUUCACAGGGGUACAAUGUGGGAAUGGCUACAUUAGAUGGAAUCACACCACUGCAUGAAGCAUGUGUUGGAGGCCAUUUCACCUGUGCUAAACUUCUCCUGGAACAUGGUGCUGAUGCCAAUGCUGUCUCUUUUGAUGGAGCCACUCCUCUCUUCAGUGCAUGCUGUAGUGGAAACCCCGCCCUCGUCAGCCUCAUUCUGAUCUACAGCUCUGUCCACCAUCCAGCUCAUCUGCAGAGCUCACCUCUCUAUGAAGCAGCAAAGAGAGGUCACACAGCAUGUGUUGAACUGCUGCUGUCUCAUGGUGUGAAUGUGGACAUGGAGGUUCCCAGCAUAGGAACAGCGCUGUACUGUGCAUGUGAAUCCAAGGCAACAGAAUGUGUACAGAGCCUGCUGAUCUCAGGAAAGAGAAACAUUGACUAUUAA